AUGAAUCAAGAACCAACAUAUGUCUAUUUACCGCCAUCUUUGCGGUAUCCCGUUACAGUGGUCUCAGUAAGGAUCAAAGCAGAAGAUCAAGUGAAAAAGCAUGAUGCUCUAUUAUCAUAUAAAUAUCAAGGAAAUUAUACAGAGUAUGAGGACGGAUCAGAACAUGUGGUUGCUUGUGAAUAUGUUGAAGUUUUUCAGAGCCCGAUUGAGGGCAUGAUUAAAGCAUGGUUUGUUGAAGAAGGAACAGUUGUAGAAAAUAAAGAUUUUCGUAUUCUUUCUAUUAUUGAACCAUGUUUACAUUCAGUUCAAUAUUAUGGAUUAUGUGCAACAUGUGGCAGAGAUGUAACUCAACAAGAUUUUACAGGAUUUUUGGACUCUACAAGAGCAACAAUUCAAAUGUCACACGAUGCUACCAAAUUAACGGUAAGUAAAGAAGAAGCAACAAGACUUGAGCGCGAAACAAUGGAACGUUUACUCAAAGAAAUGAAACUUUCACUUAUUGUUGAUCUCGAUCAAACAAUCCUUCAUGCAACAGUAGAUCCUAUAGUUGGUGAAUGGCUGUCUAAUCCUUCAUCAAAACACUACUUGGCAGUUCAAGACGUUCAAAAAUUUUGUCUUAAAGAAAACAAUUCUGGUAUAGGUAAUUGGUAUUAUGUUAAAAUGCGCCCAGGUUUAGAACAAUUUCUUGAAAAUAUUAGUAAACUUUAUGAAAUGCACAUAUACACUAUGGGAACACGAGCAUAUGCAGCAUCUAUUGCCCAUCUCAUCGAUAAAGAUAAGAAAUACUUUGGUGACCGAAUUCUUAGUCGAGAUGAAAGCGGUAGUACUACACGAAAAAAUAUACAAAGACUUUUCCCUGUUGAUACAAGUAUGGUUGUUAUUAUUGAUGAUCGUGCAGAUGUAUGGCAAUGGAGUCCAAAUUUAAUAAAAGUUACACCUUAUGAGUUUUUCGUUGGAAUUGGCGAUAUUAAUGGUGAUUAUCUAUCGAAUAAGCCUACAUUACAUAACUUUUCACCAAAUAUGCUUAUUCAAUCAUCAGCAUUACAAGAUUUCCCACUUGAUCAACAAAAUAUAGUCUAUUGUUCACCACAAUCACAUUUUAUGUCUACAGAUAACAAUAGUUGUCAAAAUAUACUUAUAAAUGAUCAUAAUACUAUAUCAGAAGAAAAAUUUCAGGAAAAAAUUUAUGAAAAAAAGACUAAAACACCAAUUCAUAAAGAUCACAAUAGUUUAUCAAUCAUUAAUGAUCAAGAAAAAACAAACCAAGUACUUGAUAAAACAAAUGACGAAGAGAAAGCAGAUGAAAAAAUUUCUUUCCAUAAUAAUGAUACAGAGUUAUAUCGCCUAGAAUUAUCCUUAAAAAUGGUUCACAAAGAAUUCUAUAAAGAAUAUAACAAACUUUUAGAAGCAAAGAAAAAAUCAUCUAAUCCUGAUAUAAAUAAAUUAGAUAUCAAAGUUAUAAUGCCAAUGCUUAAAUCAAAUGUAUUGAAAGGAACCAAUCUAGUAUUUUCAGGCAUAGUGCCCAUGGGAAUGGAUGUUUUAAGUUCUAAUAUUGCUCAAUGGGCUAUAAAUUUUGGUGCAAAAGUUUCUAAAAAUAUUUCUAAUGAUGUAACACAUUUGAUAGCUACAAAGAUACGUACAACUAAAGUAAAAAAAGCACUUCAGCAAAAAAAUAUUAAAAUAGUAUCCAUUGAUUGGCUUCUUCAUUCUAUUUCUCAUUGGAAACGAUUACCUGAAUCUGAUUAUCAAUUAUAUUCAUUCUCUAGUGAUAUCUUCAAUACCCAACUUCAAGAAGAAUUUCAUUCUUUAAAUAACAAUAUUGAAAAUUCAUACAGAUUUAUUUCUUCUGAUGAUGACGAUGAUAUUGAAAAUUGUAAACAUAAAGAUUCUUUUAUUCUUUCUAAAGAAUUUACACCAAAAGACACAAAUAUGCAAAAUAUUCCUGAAAAUGUAAAUAAUCAAAACGUGAUAGACUCUAUUGAUUGGGAAGAUGCAAUGAAAGAAGUUGACGAAUUUUUAGAAGAAUCUAGUGAUAAUACAUCAAAUAGCGAGGAUACAUCUAAAGACAAGAUGUAUCUUUUUUUUUAA